AUGGGCAUGCAGCUGAUGAGGAGCUCCAGCUAUCAUCGCCACAGAGCUUCUAAAACUCCAGCAUUCUCUGCAUCUUUGCACCCCUUUUCUUCUUCAAUUGUGUUACGGAGGUCUCUUGGUUUUGAACAUGGCGGCACUAGAAGCACAGGGAGCAUAAAAAGAAGAAUUCAGAAGCACGGGAUUGUAGCCUCAAGCAAUUUGGUUGCUCCACCUUGGGAGAGCUGGAAUCCUGAGAAGGGUUCUGCUUCUCCUUCUCUCAGUGACAUUGUUUGGCCUUCUGCAGGGGCUUUUGCAGCAAUGGCAAUAUUGGGAAGAGUGGAUCAGAUUCUAGCACCAAAAGGAGUUUCAAUGACAAUUGCACCUUUAGGGGCUGUUUGUGCUGUCCUCUUUGCCACUCCCUCCUCCCCAGCUGCUAGGAAGUACAAUAUGUUCAUGGCACAAAUUGGCUGUGCAUCAAUUGGGGUGCUGGCAUUUUCAUUAUUUGGGCCAGGAUGGCUUGCUAGGAGCUUUGCCCUAGCUGCAUCCAUUGCUUUCAUGACUUACACACGCUCCCCACAUCCCCCUGCUGCAAGCUUACCAAUACUGUUCAUUGAUGGAGCUAAGCUUCAUCACUUGAAUUUUUGGUAUGCUUUGUUCCCGGGUGCCGCCGGAUGCCUUCUUCUCUGCUUGAUUGACCGUGGAUCUUGUGCCAAGUGUGAGAUGAUGUCCACGUCGGGUGGUGGCCCAGCGAAGGUGGAAGAUUCCCCAGGGGAGUUGCCUGGUGGACGCUGUCUUGAUGUGAUGCUUUUCGACGCUUCAGGAAAGGUGACGCGAUCCAGCCAUCGCAGCCGUACACGCGGCGAAACCCCAGGGACAUGGGUUUUAGAUGGUCGGUAG